CGGCCUCGGGGCCCCGUCCCUGACGAGCUACAGCUCCCGGUAGGCAUCGCGGCAGCGCCUCCAGCGCUCAAACCAGACGUGGUGGCAAAGGUAGUUACCAUGGAGUUGUCCCUAAGAUAGCUGGGACGCCGAGGCUGGAGGGGAAGCAACUGCGGGGGGUAUUUCCAUUUUAACAGGGAAAAAUCCCUGAACUCAAAGGAAUGAAUCCCUAAUGGUGGAGUUUCAGGCAUCAGUGACAGGCUGAACCCGGAUUCCCAGGGCCCAUGCUUACACCUGAGAAAUGAUGGCCUGAGCUAUGAACAAAUGCAACUAUAUGAACACUUCAGUGCAAGAGCCCCCACUUGACUACUCCUUCCGAAGCAUCCAUGUGACCCAAGAUCUGUUAAGCGAGGAGCCAAGGACAGGGCUACGACCACUAAGGCACUCAAAAUCGGGGAAGCCAAUGACCCAGUCCCUGUGGCUGAAUAAUAAUGUCCUCAAUGACCUGAGAGACUUCAACCAUGUGGUUUCACAGCUGUUGGAGCAUCCGGAGAACCUGGCCUGGAUCGACCUGUCCUUCAACGACUUGACUUGCAUUGACCCUAUCCUGACAACUUUCUUCAACCUCAGUGUCCUCUAUCUCCAUGGCAACAGCAUCCAGCACCUUGGAGAGGUGAACAAGCUGGCUGUCCUCCCUCGGCUCCGGAGCCUGACACUCCAUGGGAACCCCAUAGAGGAAGAGAAGGGGUACAGGGAAUAUCCCAAGUGCCCAACUAUGGAGUGCCAGAUCUACGAUUCAGUUCCUGACUGCCCUUGGGAGCUGAGACAAGUUGGUCAUCUAGGAUGAACUGGAACCAAACAGUCCUAGAGGCCCUAACAUGAUGGACAGAGACACAGAGCAGGUAUUCAGUAACAGCCCUGGAGCUUCAGAAAACAGCCCAGCACUCAGUGAAGAAAGGAUAUUAGAGGCUAGAAGCCAGAGGAGGUGUAAAAUACCAUAGGGGUGGGGGUAUAGCUCAGUGGUAGAGCAGGUGCUUAGCAUGCAUGAGGUCCUGGGUUCAAUUCCCAGUACCUCCAUUAAAAAAUUUUUUUUAAUAAAUAAAAUGAAAUAAGUAUUUGAAAAAUGCAAACACAGAGGGGGUGGAAAAUAUCAAAACAGUGGGGCUGAAGAGAAACUGAUGCAAGAGUCCAAGAAUGGCCCUCCUGAUCCCUAGGACCAGACCCUCCACAGCAAGGGUGUCUGCUCCCAGGAUGGAGAGGUCCUGAGGACAGACAGGGCCCCAGACCCCCAAGGGCAAGCAAGUCCAACCUCUCAAUGGCCAUUCCUCAUAUUAUCUCAGGACAGGAGUUACAGCCCUAGGCUCUGGGUCCUACAGUCCAAGUGUCCCUUUUUGAGGGCGUGUCCCUUCUGCUCUCAGGUGUCCACUCUCCUCUCCUCCAAUGCUCUCUUUGUGUGGGACUCCCAGAACCAAACUCAGUGCACCUGCUGUAUCCUGACUGAACAGUGGAGUUGUUCCCUCCCUUGCCAAGCCCUUGUGAAUGGAGCUUCAUUAAUUUUCAGCAGCCCUAUUCCUGUGAGCCUAUGCUGAUCCUCACAACCCCCAGAACUGACCUGGGGCCAAACCAAGUCUCCCCGGUCCUAUAUAAUUCUAUGUGUAUUUCUCCUCAUCCUGUUUUAGUCCCUUGUUCUAAUCUACAGCAAUCUUUCUGAACUCACCCCUGCCUUGAACCCAUCAGCUGCAAAUCCCUGCUGGCUUUGUGUCAGCUGCAAAUUGGAUAAGCAGAUGUGCUGGAUAUCUAUCUAAGUCAUAAAGAACAAGGGUAUCCAGUACAAAGCCAAGGACAAGGGGCCCAUCCUGGCUAAGGCUGACUCACCUGCCCUCAGUGCCAGACCACCAGGCUCCCCAAUGCUCCAUUUCAUGCCUAUCUCAGUUCCUACCGGAGACUUUUCACACUUGCAGGCUCCCAGCUUCCCUGCCCACAACUCCACAAUUCUCCUUACAGAGGGCUACUUCCUCCUACCCCGCCUGCCCCGCCCUAGGCAGGCCCAGCCUUUUUACAGUACUCUUCUUCGAGUCUCAAGUCUCAAGUCUCCGUUGUCCGUGUCCUCAGUUCCCAACAGGAGACAGAAGCUGUGGGCUUCUGCCCUAUAAACUCCCAACUCCUAGACACCUCCUGUCCUCCCUAAAACACAGGCUAAGUAUUAAAAGGCUAGAAAGACAAAAUUCUUGCCAAAGACUAAACUAUCUCUAAGGAAAGCUGGCUCCAUAAUGAAGCCCAAGUUUGCUUCCUGUAUGUGCAUCCCCCAGCCCCACUUCAGACAGAUCCUGCUGCAGGACAGGACAGUUUCUCCCCUAUCAGGGCUUCUGCAAGAACAAGGCUGUUUUCCUGAGACCUAGACUCCUGGAAGAAGUCAUGCUACCACAUCAGAGUGGACAGAUAACAUCACCCCACUCCCAAGAAGGUGAGUGGAGCAUGGAGGAGGUUUUUUCACACCAAGGUUUGUCGCUGAGUCAAUGUCAACCUGGAAGUCAAGAGUUUCACUGUCUACCCUAAUGCAGACACAUAAAUGGCCUGCCUGUGACUAGCCACCCGGUCUGUGGGCACAGCUUGAAGAGACAGCUUGGCCCAAUGGAUACAGACAUGACUUAGCAUCAACACAUCUUGGCUGUGGCACUUUUCAGCUUUGUAACCUUGGCCAAAUCACAGCCUCUCUGAACUUUUAUUUAUCUUUAAAUAGACAUUCCUGGUACCUAUAUGACAUAUGUUUGGCUGGAGUCAAGUGAGCUAUCUGUAAAAGGCCUUUGAAAACUGUAA